UUCGUCUUCAGCGGUUUCACUUCCCCACUCAUCGAUCUUCGCGCUUCUUCUAUAUCUAUAUACUAUGAAAACGAGAAAGAGAAAAAGACAAAGAAAAAAGAAAAAACCCUCAAGGGUUUAUCAAAAUUUACCCCUUCUAACUAAAUUCUACAGCUUGAUCUCUGAUCCUUGUUUUGGAGAUGACCUCGUUCAAGAGGAAGAAAGAAGAGCUGCUCGAUGUCAUCAGAAUGUGGUCCCUUGAUGAUAUUCUCAAUGAAAAUCUCUUUAAAGAUCAGAUAAGGGAAAUUCCUCGGACAUUUGUGUCUGUGACCCACUAUUUCGAGUGUUUUCGAUACCCUUUCCUCGAGGAGAUUAGGGCUCAGCUGGAAUCUUGCUUGAAUCGCAUUGCUAGUGCUCCUCGUUUCAAUGCGAGCAUUGAAGAAGACGAAAAAGGUUUAUUUGUUCGUUUCAGAGACGAGAGUGUUUUUCAUCCGAGCAUGGGUGAUGUCUUUCUUUUUGUCAGGCGCCUAACCUUUUUGACCCAGCCAACAUGA